AUGACCAUUCAGCCCAAACUCUCACUAGUUCCUCUGUAUCUCCAAGUGGACAUUUGUUUGUGUGGCACCACUCCUCUGUACACCAGGAUUGUUGGAGGUCAAGAUGCUCCAGCUGGAAGUUGGCCAUGGCAAGUUAGUCUGCAGAGAUUUGGUGGCCAUGUUUGUGGCGGCUCCCUCAUCAACCAAGAGUGGGUGAUUUCUGCUGCUCACUGCUUCUCCAGUGCAAGUACGUCUGGUUGGAGCGUUUCUCUGGGUCUUCAGAGCCUACAGGGUGACAACCCAAACCAAGUGUCCAGAACUGUUUCCACAAUCAUUUUGCAUCCCGACUAUGACAGCUACAACAGCGACAACGACAUUUCUCUGCUCAGACUCUCCUCACCAGUCAGCUUCACGGACUACAUCCGACCUGUGUGUCUGGCAGCGAGUGGCAGUGUGUUCAACAACGGCACUGAUAGCUGGGUCACUGGCUGGGGUGCAGUCCAGGAGGGAGUUUCUUUACCGUUCCCUCAAACUCUCCAAGAAGUGGAGGUACCAGUUGUGGGAAACAGACAGUGUGACUGUCUGAAUGGUGUGGGCACAGUCACAGACAACAUGAUCUGUGCUGGUGUUCUGGCAGGAGGCAAAGACUCAUGUCAGGGGGACUCUGGAGGUCCAAUGGUGAGUAAGCAGGGCUCAAUCUGGGUCCAGUCUGGUGUUGUCAGUUUUGGUUUUGGCUGUGCUCGGCCCGGUCUGCCAGGAGUCUACUCCAGAGUGUCCCGUUACCAGUCCUGGAUCAACUCCCACAUCAGCUCUGAUAAGCCAGGCUUUGUCUAGUUUGUCCUGGUCUACCUUCUUCUACAACAAAACCUCAAAUAACAUCCACAACAUCAUUGUUCUUGUUCUCUGAACGUAUUCACGCGAGAUGUCCCUUGUCCCUGAAUACCCAGUGUAGCGAACGCGCCCUCUGCUGGUAGAAGUUAGAUACCGUAUCCUACUAGACAACAACAUUUUUCAACAAUAAACCAACCUUUCCUUAUUAGAAAACACACAGACAAUUUUCACCACACUCUGAACAUGAGCUGUACUAAAUGCAAAUAAUAAUAUUGUAGUCAUAUACCCCCACUGAUGGCUCUGUAGUCAUAUACCCCCACUGAUGGCUCUGUGUGUCUGGACAUCAGCAACACCAGACCCUUCCCAAUUGGCAGCCAGUGUUGGGUGGCAGGUUGGGACAACGGACCCCAAAGAAGAGGUGUCAGUAAAGCCAGAUCCUCUCUUCGAGACCUAGAAACUCAAGUGGCAAGCUGUGGGAAUGUGUCUGAUUCACAGAACAUCUG